GCAUCAUUAGCACGCUUCAACUCUCGCGAGAUAGCUCACUCACUCGUCCCUGCCAUUGCCGUGCGCUGUAGACGCCGUGCGUCGCGCGGCGGCAGUCCUAUGCCAGGCGCGGCCAGCGGCGGCGCGGAAGACGGAGUGCAAUGGGCUAUUGGCGGAGGAUACUGCGCGGGAGCACCCUGCAAGCAUGCAUGGGCGCGAGCUGCUGUCUCGCCUCCCAGGACUGUCCUCAAUCGGUCGGGCGCGCCACGGAGCGCGACGGGCGGGAAUGGAGAUUUUUCCGAAAAUCACAGCACGUGGCUUGUCGUGUUGGAUUUGUGGCGUGGACGGCCCGAUGCUCCGAGGCCAUCGAUUAUACCAGCGCAGUAACUGCUAUGCAACCGGUCUCUGCCAGUCUCCUUUGGUCGCCCGUGAAGCCCCUUGAGUGCUAAUUGCCGGAACAAGCAUUGCAUGAACGAUCGAGUACUUACACAAGAUGAAGACAACAAAUG